AUGCCUUCUUCUCACAUCCCCGGUAUUCCCUACGUGAAGGGUCCGUCCGUUCUCGGUCGACUCACCGCCGCUUCUACUUUCCUCCAGCUUCCCCGAAGUCCCAUCAGGUACAGACAGAACGAACACUCGCGUGCUCUGCCAUCGACCCCUGAUUCGAGGCUUCCUCGUCGCAUCGCGCCCGGUGCACCUCAUCGUCGCCGUUUCCAAGCUGCUCCUGUUGCCAGUGCCAUUCCCUUCCCCUCUCUUCUCGAUAAGUUCAAGCCUCGCUCUUCUUCCCCGCCUCGUCGUUGUGUUUGGAACUCCCCUUCGAUGUCGAAGAAUGGCGUCAGUCGUGCUCUUCAGAACCGCAGAUUCAAUCCCUCCAGCCCCGAGCCAACCCGCAUUCCUGUUUCUGUUAACAUUCGAUCUGCCCUUCCUGUCAUCCCCUGCCCCUCUGCACCACGCAAAAGGGUCAGAUUUGUUGACACCACUGCGACUUCAUCGGACGCUGUCUCGCCUUCCAAAGCCAGAUCCUCGCGUCGCACCUUUUUCCGAAACCCUGAACGUGUAGCCCGUGUUAAUUUGUAUGCCAGACUUGCCGAAGCUCGCAAAUCUAUCGUCAGCCGAAGUGCCAACCCGCUUCGAAGCAUCCUUGUUCGACCCGACUCAGACAAGGUCAGACCGAAGAAGGGUGUUCGGUUCGGCUCGACUGAGAUUCGUGAAGUGGACUUCUGGAUUGACCGAAAGCGAAACGUCUUCCGAGACGGUGGGCUUUCGGCAAUGGGAAGACUGCAAGGCUGGCGCGUCACUCCCCUCGAGACCCCUGACGAAGAUGGUGAAACAGAGAAAUAUAUGACCAUGUGGGGACACGAUCACAGCUCUGUCUACUAUCACCACCCCGAUGAUCCUGAAUGUCCACAUGAAGGUUGCCUUUGGCAAGCAAUUGCUCGCUUUGCCCGACGUUGUAGGCGGAAGAAGCAAGACCUUGGCAGUGAAGGAGAAAACCUCUUACGUCUUUGGAGCGAGUACCGCCAGAGGGCUCGUGACGAGGGGUACGACAUUCUCUAA